GGAAGCUUGUCUGUCUCAACUCCAGUCUUGUAUCUUCACUCAAUCCUUCCACAACUCAUCAUGAAGUGGGCCGUAGCUCAAGCUCUUGCCUUUGCCGCCGGCGUCUCCGCCCAUGGCUACCUGUCUCAGCCCAUGAGCCGUACCGGCCUCAACGCACAGUCAGGAGCAGACACCUGCCCCGAGUGCACCAUCCUCGAGCCUGUCACGGCAUGGCCUGACCUCAACUCUGCCCAGGUUGGCCGCAGCGGACCUUGCGGCUACAACGCGCGUGUGAGCGUCGACUACAACCAGCCCGGCCCUCGCUGGGGCUCCGCGCCCGUCGUCACCUACAGAGGCGGCGACGUGGCCGACGUACAGUGGUGUGUCGACAACAACGGCGACCAUGGUGGCAUGUUCAGCUACCGCAUCUGCCAGGAUCAGGCAAUUGUCGAUAAGCUCCUGACGCCUGGAUACCUGCCCACUGCUGCCGAGAAGCAGGCUGCUGAAAACUGCUUCCAGGCGGGUACGCUGCCGUGCACUGAUGUGACCGGGCAGACCUGUGGAUACAGCCCGGACUGCACUCAAGGCCAGGCGUGCUACAGGAACGAUUGGUUUACCUGCAAGGCUUUCCAGGACACCAAGUGCAGGGGUGUCGACAACGCGCCUCUGAACUCCUGCUACACGAGCAUCGCCGGCGGAUACACUGUCUCCUCGAGGAUCAAGAUCCCGAACUACGUGUCUAACCACACACUGCUCUCUUUCAAGUGGAACUCGUUCCAGACAGCACAGAUUUACCUGACCUGUGCCGACAUUAAGAUCACAGGAACUGGCUCGAAUCCUCCGACCACCACCAGCAGGGUCUCAUCUGUAGCGCCCAGCUCAACAAGAGCAUCUUCUAGCACUGCUGCUACUGGAUGCGCUACGCCCGUAGCGACCGUUGCCGUCACUUUCAACUCCAGGACAACCACUGUUGUUGGUCAGACGGUGAAGAUUGCAGGCUCUAUUGCGCAGCUGGGCAGCUGGAACACCGCCAAUGCACCAGCGUUGUCUGCCGCCCAGUACACCUCGUCCAACCCGCUGUGGACCACGACAAUCAACCUGCCCGCGGGUACCAGCUUCGAGUACAAGUUCAUCAGGGUCGAGAGCAGCGGCUCGGUGACCUACGAGUCGGGUGCUAACCGUGCCUACACUGUGCCGAGGAGCUGCGCGAGCACAGCCACGGUAGAUGCUACAUGGAAGUAGAUCGUAUCUGUUGUGAGCGACCAGAGAGGCUCUGCCUGGUGCUGAGCGUGUUCGGUUCUGUAGGUU